AUGAAGGCCAGCCUGUCCUGGGCAGCUCUGGUCCUCCUGCUACUGGCACAGCUCUCCAGGCUUGGCAAAGGAACUGCUAAUCCUGGGUUCAUAGCCAGGAUCACCAAAAAAGGCGUAGAAUAUGCCCGCCAGUACGGAGUGGCCUCUGUGAAGAAGGAGCUGUCCAGUCUCGCCAUCCCUGACUUCUCAGGAAGCUACGACGUCAGCUGGUUCCUAAGCGUGACCUAUGAGUUUCGCAAGCUGCAGAUCCGCGACUUCCAGCUGCCGUACUCAGACCUGCGUCUGCUCCCAGAGCACGGGGUCCGAGCCACCUUGUCCGACAGCUACCUCAAUCUGCAAGGGAGCUGGAAAGUGUCCAAAGGGUUCAUCACCCUCACGGGCACUUUUGAUGUGAAGGUGGAUGACAUUUACUUCUCCGUUACUCUGAAUUUGGGCAAGAACCCAUCUGGCCGGCCCACGGCCUCCGUGUCUCACUGCAGCAACUCCGUUGGCCCUGUGAGUGUGGUCAUCUCCGGAUAUUUAAGCUGGAUCCUGAACCUCUUCCAUCAUAGAAUUGAAAACAAUUUGAAACACUUCUUGGAGAAUGAGAUGUGUGACAUGAUCAGGAAGCUCGCAACCUCGCAGCUGCAGCCCUACCUCCAGACUCUGCCAGUCACCGUAAUGGUCGACGACGUUGCCAGCAUUGACUAUAGACUUGUAGGAGCUCCAGUGGUGACCUCCCAAGCCCUGGACACACCCUUCAAGGCUGAAUUCUUCUACCAAGGCGGCCUCUUCCCCAGCUCCCUCCACGCCCCGCCCAUCCAGCUGCCCCAGGCACACAACCGCAUGGUCUACUUUGCCGUCUCUGAAUACGUCUUCAACACGGCCAGCUGGGUUUACCACCAGGCCGGGCACAUGAACUUCACCCUCAAGAACGAGCACCUCGAGAACUUCACGAAGCUCAUGGACAACCAGCAGGCUCGAGAGCUGCGCAGGAAGUACCUGAACCCAGGCUGUCGCCAGUCCGCCAACGCCACGGUCACGUCCAUGGCCUCCUGCCACCUGAGCGACUUCCUGCUGGGCCUCAUGCACAUCCCGCUGGGCUCCGACAUCCGUCUGAACACUGACUCCUUCCAGGUCGCCAUCCCACAGCUGGCCAGGCUGUACCCCAAAAUGGAGCUAGAAUUGGAUGUGUCCCCUGAGUCAGCCCCACUCCUGAGUUUCACCACUGGGGACGUGACAGUCCAAGCCGUGAUGGACGUCCAGGCCUUCGUGCUCCUGCCCAACUCACGCAAGCCCGUCUUCCAGCUCAGGGUGAGCACCAACAUCUCUGCCACCAUCAUCGUGAAGUCCACCAGGAUCUCAGGCUCCGUGUCCACGGGAAGCAAGCUGAAGUUGGAACUGAAACACUCCGACAUCGGAUCCUUCAACGUGGAGCUGAUGGAAAACAUCCUCAACUACUUCGCACUCCACACCAUCUACCCUUCUCUCAACGCCAAGCUGGAGGAGGGCUUCCCGCUGCCUCUGCCCAGGGACACCUACAUCAGCAGCCUCGUGUUCCAGAUCCACCAGAACUUCUUUCUCCUUGGGGCCAACAUCAGUUAGGCCGAAGAUGGAGCAGGGAGC